UUUCUUCUUCUCUGACUUCCUCUUUCUGCCGCCAUGCUUUUGAUUCCGUCACAUCACCUUCUUCAUCUUCCUCUUUAACUGUUUCCACGCAGCAUUGUCAGUGUAUUUUGGUGUCGUCCAUUGGAGCGACACAAUGGAGUGGCUGCUUUUUAUGACAUUUUUCACGACAGUCGUUAUAGCUGCAUUUAGUUUCAAUAUUGAGCCUGUGGCUUGGAGGUCCCUAAGGAACCCUGCAGAAGGUUUUGGAUACCAGAUAGUACAAAGACGGUCAGACUUGCUGGUCAGUGCACCCCUCGCUCAGUACUCUCAAAACAGAAGGGGGCAAAUAUUUAAAUGUUCCACUGAGUCCUGCCGUGUGCUGGAAAUUUCAGAGCCGGAUUUUGCAGUCAACAUGUCUCUGGGUUUGACAAUGACAGUUGAUGCCCCCACACGAAACACGAUGGUUUGUGGUCCAACCAUCCCAAAAGACUGCGGAAGUAUCACCAUGUACAACGGCGUGUGCUUGGAGAUUGACCAGCUGGAUCAAGUCGGAUCUCCUGUGCCUUCUUCUCUUACAGAGUGUCGAAGCCAAGCAGACAUCGCAUUUCUGCUGGAUGGCUCGGGCAGCGUAGCUUUGGAAGAUUUUGAAAGAAUGAAGACUUUUGUCAGUGAUCUUAUCAGCACCUUUGUGGGCAAAGACUCCAGGUUUGCCAUUGCCCAAUUCUCCACAAAUCCGACCAUCCACUACUAUUUUGACACCUUCAAUGUUAAUAACUGGCAACAUGACAUUAAUGCAAUCAAUCAGAUAACGGGAUGGACGUACACAGCUGUUGCAAUCCAACAUGUUGUGAAUAAUAUCUUCUUGCAAAACAGAGGCUCUAGAGCCAAUGUGAAGAAGAUUUUAAUAGUGAUCACAGAUGGAGAAUCCAAUGACAGUGGUUACUUGUCAUCUGCAGCAACUGCAGCCCAAAAUAAAAAUAUUAUUCGAUUUUCUAUUGGGGUGGGAGAUGCAUUUACUAAACCCGAUGCAAUACAAGAGUUGAACACCAUCGCAUCUUCUCCCUCACAAAAGUAUGUGUUUAGAGUGGACAGCUUCAAUGCCCUUAAAGAAAUACAGCGGACUUUGGAGGACACCAUCUUUGCUAUUGAAGGGUCUCACUCAAGUGGCGAGACGCUGAAAAUGGAGAUGGCUCAGCAAGGAUUCAGUGCAGCUUAUGUGCCUGGAGGAAUACAGAUAGCGGCUGUCGGGGCAAACCAAUGGAGAGGAGGCUUCCUGACAAGCCCGAUGAAAAGUCCCUAUUUGCCUACAAACAUUGAACCUGAUAGCUAUUUGGGUUAUUCCAUAGCGACUGCCCAAACUCCGUACGCGAUGUUGACGGUUGUUGGUGCUCCGAGAUAUCAGCACAGAGGAGUUGUGAUGGUGAUUUCCCCAAACCAUGUUGACAAAAUAGAUCCCUUUAAAUGGCAGUAUCAGAUCGGUGAAUAUUUUGGGGCGGUCGUGUGCGCUAUGGAUGUGAAUCGGGAUGUCAACACGGAUGUCAUCCUUAUAUCUGCCCCCAUGUUUGUGGAAGACAAUAGAGAGGGGAGGGUUUACGUUUGCAUCAUAACCAUUUUGAAAGUUGAGUGUAGUUUCGACUCUCCGGUAGUACUGAAAGGAGCCGAAUCGCGCAGAGGACGAUUUGGCGCUUCCCUUGCCGUACUUCCCGACCUCAACACUGAUGGACUAAACGAUUUGGCAGUCGGGGCGCCUCUGGAGGACGAUGGUCAAGGCAGCAUUUAUAUAUUUCACGGCGAAGGACCCGGAAAGAUCACUCCUACUUUCUCUCAGAGAAUUGCAGGGUCAAAAGUCAAGGCAGGGCUUAAGUUCUUUGGCAUGUCCAUCAGCCAGUCCUCCUCGGACCUCAGCAGGGACAACCUGCCUGACCUGGCGGUGGGUUCAAAAGGAACAGUCGUCUUACUCAGAUCCAAACCCGUAGUAAUGGUUGAAUCAGCAUUGUCCUACAUGCCGAAGCAAAUCUCCAUUCAAAAUGCUGACUGCACCAAACCGAUGGACAACAAAGCUGAGAUCUGCUUUAUGAUGAUCAAACACUCGGCUGUCCAAAGAGCCACAGCGAGGGUUAAUUAUACUUUCACGCUGGAUGCCACCCGCAAGGUGCCAAACAACCGAGCUUAUAACAGUGACAAAAAUCAUAAUCGAGAAACGACUGGGAAUAUUAUUCUUGAUCUAGCAAUGCCGAAAUGCUUCAAGGUCAAUUUCAUCAUCGAGCCCUGCCCAGAAGAUGCUUUGAAUCCUCUUUACAACGAGCUCAGAUUUACAUUUGAGGGUUUGCCUGGGGCCAAUAACCUGAGCCCAAGUCUGGCAGAGCAAGCCCAGACCACCACCCUUCAUCCGUUAGCCUUUGAGAUCGACUGCGGCAGAGACAACAAAUGUGAAGAUAACCUCCAUUUGGAUUUCAACUUUACCAGCUCUUCAGAGGUUAGAGUGGGCAUAGAUGAGCUCUUGAAUGUCACCGUAUCUGUGGAAAACCUGGCGGAAAACUCCUACAACACCCUUGUUGUUCUUACAUACCCAGAUGGGUUCUCCUACAGGAAGUUCACAAGCCUGCAGGGACGAAUCGAGUGCAACUCCUUGGACAGUGAGGCUGGCAUAUCUCGUGGCAAGACAGACUGCGCCAUUGAUAAGCCCAUUUUCAGAAGUAACGCAAAGGCUGUCUUCAUUGUGUCGUACGGCAUUGAAAUCAACAGCCAACUGGACAACAGUAUUUUCGUCACUGCGAAUGCAACAAGUGGGAACGAGCAACACUCUGCUUUAAGCCAACUCUACAAAAUUCAAGAAAUUGGCGUUAAGUACAGCAUUUUUAUAACAAUGGAAAGUUCUCUCAGCUAUGUCAAUUUCACCUACGGAAAGAAUAAUCUGCAGAAGUCAGUCCAGCCAUCCUUUCUGGUUACAAACAACAUCCGAGCCCUGAACUUCACCGUGGUGAUCAGGGUCCCGAUCAAACUUGCCGAUAAGGACAUCUGGGCAGAUUUGAGCACUUUGCAGAUUCCAGACUGCCAAACACAUGUCGAUGAAGGCGCUAACAUCCUGGAUUUUGUUGGUCAGAUACAAAAAAAUAAGAUAAUUGACUGCUCAGUCGCGACAUGCAGGGUAUUCAAGUGCAACAGCUUCAUGGGAAGACUCGAGGGCAAACGGUACACAAUCUCUGCCAACAUGAGUUCAGAAUGGAUCCAGCAGAUUGGCCUCACUGAGGCCAAGUUCAUGUUGACCAGCACAGCCAGUCUGGAGUACGACAGGAACCAGUACAUCUUCUAUUCCACAUCGUCUAAUAACAUCCCCCCGGUUCGCAAGAUUGAGACAGUGGUAGAAGUGUAUCCUCAACCGGAUUUUACCAAAGAGAUAGUAGGAGGUUCCUUAGGAGGCUUGGCUUUGUUGGCUUUACUCACAGCUGCCCUUUACAAGGCUGGAUUUUUUAACAGUAAAUACAAGCAGAUGAUGACUGAUGCAGACGGUGCAGAAACAGACGGGCUUGAAGAGGCCAUGCCCACACAGGAAUAAAUAAUUCACUUUGGCAUUUUCAGUGAAAUGUCCAUUACUCCAAUUGGUAAUGCAUAUUUGAAACAUUGUUGAAUCGAUUUUUACUAUACAACAUAUAGAAAUAAUGAUAUGUAAAAAUACAUUUUGAAUGUUUUUUUACUAACCAAUUUUAAUUGUACAGCAAACAACAUAUUAUACACAAUGAACAUAUGUGAUAGUACUUCAUGAUGUAUAAUUUUCUAGCAACACAUUUCCACCAAGCAGCAUUCAGAAAUAUAUAAAUAUAUAUUGUCAAAAGAAACGCCUUUUCCAUCUAGUUUGCUCUUAGUGUCUAGCUAGUGUCAAUGAGAUAUUGUGAGAUUAAAACGUUGCAAUAUUUCUCGUUUAAGCAAAGAGCUGUCUUGCGGGUACAGGGCAGCAAGAAGCCUAUCAGACUGUAGCUAUGGCAUCACUACUGUGAAUGAUAAUGCACUGCAAUGGCAGUGCGUGAGACAUUAUUGGAACCGCACAUUAAGUGCCUUAUGCACACUAUAAACCUUAAAAGCCAACUUAAGCUCGGUGUUACCAGCGUCACUCGUUUGCUCAAGAUGCGUGGUUGCUUUUUUCAUCAGUCCAAGCAGAAGCUCUAGUAAUUAUACACUUGAUUAAACUUAUUAAAGAUUUGCCAGAUCAAAACAGGAUCGCUGCUUAGGUCUUGUAUCAAAACAUUAUACUAGUGUCUAUUUCGGAAAUUCACUACUUCCUGGUUCCGCACUCGUAAAAGGAUCAUGGGAACUUGGGUUGGGCGAUAAUUUGUAUAUACCGGUAUACAGGUAUGAAUUCUUCCAAUGAUAAGAAAAUGACUUAUACCGGUAUAAAUGAUAAACGGAAACAAGCCGAGUUGAUGACUGAGCGCCGCGGUGCACUGUAUUGCCGUAUUGGUGCCUCCCGUGUACCACAGCAUGGAGGGCCCUAUGAUUUCUGCGUUAACGGAAUCGCAGAAUUGGCCAAUAAAUAAAUGAACAUAAUGUGAAUGAAAUGCUGUCAUGGUGAGGAGAAGGAACGUUCGUGUGGGGAAGUAUUUACUCUGCGGACUGCUCAAUCGUUGCACGAUUAUUACACUAAACCGCCUCCUCCCAAACUAAACAGGUUGAAACGGCGAAACCUCUUCUUACGGAGUGUGAAUGGAAGCUGGCGGGGUUAGCUUAGUUUAGCAUGCUAAUGCGGUUAUGUGUCUGUGCGACUCCGCCUGGAUGAGUGUAUUUUCACCGCGUUAUGUUUUACUGCUUUCAUACAAGGAGCGUUUUAAAAUGCUUGAUGAUGACGUGCAGGUUGUGAGUGAAAAAAGACGAGAAGCAUGUUUAUUCUUGCUCCCAGCUUGUCUUACAGACAUUCUCAACACUCACGGCACACACUUUCAGCCUUCAAAAUAAGAGUGCCCAUGUCGUCUGUGUAAACAAAAUAAGAGUGCCAUAAAAAAUAUUUUGCAUAUGCAGUUGGAAUUGCAUCGGUGAUUACAUCUUCCUUAAUCACAACGACGGGCAUUACAGUUUGUUGAAGAUUUUGUAGCAAUGUGUGUAGAUGCUGACAUCCCAUCAGGAAAAUUAGCUAGGCUACGCCUAUUUCUGAAUUACUGGGCAAAACUGUCCAUUGAUGUAUUGCAUCAAUAAAUAUUAGGAUUUUUGCAUUUAAUGAACUGACAUUUUACUCACUAACCCACAAAGCACACCCCCUAUGCUGGUAAAAAUAAGUGUAAAAUGAGCAAAUGUGGAGUAAGAGACUAUAAUAUGCAAAGUUUUUAUAGUAACGGUGAUGGCAAAAGGUGGGAACACGAUAAAUUUGUUCUAAUAUCUCAAACACAGAAUUGAGUACAUCGAGUGUGUCAUGAAGUGUGAGACAGAGUCAGCGAGCAUGACUACACUUACCCAGUCAAAAAUACAAAACGCUUAGUUUGGUAGACACUAAAUGCACUUGCUGUAUUGCAGUUUGUUAUUAGUGUAUUUACUUAUAUGGGUUAAGGUUUGUAGCUUUUCAUACAAGACUCCGAUGAAUUGAAUCAUAUUGUCAUAUCACCCAAAAAUAUGGUGGUACACAUAAACAUAAAUGAGUAGCAACUACAACGGCUGUCAUUAUUUAAAUUUUUAUAAUUUUGUUAGUUUAGUUAUAGUUUCAAUUUGUGGAAAGAAGUACAACAGUAGAAAGCAUCAUGCUUAGGUGAUGCAUGAAAAGUUAUAAAACACUUCAAAAUGUACCUGUCACCAUUGUGACUCAGCUAAAUGAAAGUCUGUUCAUUCAGUCCUAUAGUUUGUCAUUGUCACAUACAACAAUGUAACAUUAAAGAGCCAAAUUGGGGUUCCAAAUUGUGAUGCUUGAUGGAAAUGUGUCUUAAGUGCUGUAACUACAGCACUAUAAGAGGUUGAAGGGCAGCAAUAAAUAGU